CCAGCAGAGGUGUCAUGGCCAAGAGUGGUAAAGAGUACCGCCACCGAACUCAAAGUUCUGACCUGUCAAGGAAGUGUGAUGGUGAUACCCUUCUUUCAGACAGCGUUAUUCGGAGUCCUCUUAGCCUUACCCAUCACCGUGGUGCCAUACUUCUUCCUCUGGGUCUAUGAUAAAUUCAUUUGGCUGUCUGAGCCUGUCUUCCUGACCAUAGAGGCAGUGGAGGUUGUCAGAGUGUCAGUCAGGACAAGUAGUCGAAUAGCGGAGCAGAUCGAAGAACAACCAAUCCUCAUGAAGUCUUUAAUCAUUGGUGCUGCUGGAAUUUGCUACACGCUGACACUCAUCCUAGGUUACAUCCUUCUUAAUAUUGGAUCCCCAGCUGUUAAAUGGGUACUUGGUGCACUGAUUAUUGUUGCAGUGCUGUUGUUGGUGCUGACCUUAAUGAAGGAAGAAGGUAUUAUUUCUGACUGUGGGAUUGUGACGCUAGCGAUGGUGUCCAUACUGUGGGCAAUGCAACAAGAAUCCAACACGAUGACUCAUCCUAUGAAGGUACCAGAAGACUGGAUCAAUUCCAACACUGACGAGAAGUCAUUCCUGCAGCUGCUCCUCAUGAUGGCAACAAUGGGUUAUGCCCGUGUGACUCAGGCCUUUUCAUUCCUUCGCAACUUAUUCUCUGCGUCUUUCUUACUUCUUGUGGCCGUGCGGGUCUUGAGUGUCAUCCAUGUGGUCUCUCUGGUUGCCAAAAGACUCACCGAGCAGUCAGAUGAAUACAGUGACUCUAGCGAUGGUCAUAAUGAGCAGUUCCCCUCCGCCUGGCACUCCCCAUUCAUGGUCAAACUGGCCCUGAUCUUCGUCUACACACAACUAGUCGUCUACAACAUCGAGGUGUCUACAAAGCCCCUGUCCUACACUGCCAGUGGCCCCAUCAUGGAAGUAGCUACCAAAGGAUUAGUCCAGAAAGUUGGAGUGUCCAGGCUGGUGCAGUUGUGUGUCCUGAUCGGUACUUACAUCUAUAGGCUUUACCACCCCGAUGAGUUUGUGUUUGAUUACUGAUGAUGUGGUUCUUAGCAUUGACUGAGGAAAGGUCGUGCUUGUCCAAGCAGGCACUCGUGCACUUGGCCCAAUUUCAUUUUUUAUCCCCCAUUUUUUUUUCUCGCCAGACUCGUAAGGCCUGAAGGCCACUUCAA